CUUGUCAUUUCUCUCUCUCUCCCUCUCAAUUUCAAAAUAGUGCAAUCCCAUCACCAUUGAUGGCAAAAUCCAGUCUAAAGAAGUCUUGAAUUCAACAACAUAAAACUUCUCUCAUCAUACUCCAUAUCCAAGAUCACAACUUUAUAAUAAUUAAACCCAUUCCUCAUGCCCUAGUAUUCUUCUUGCUCUUUUGUAUAACAACCAUUUCCAACCCUACACAUAACCUAACACAAACAACCAAGAAUCAAGAACAAGAAAGAAAGUUGGAGUGAGAUAUUUGAAAGUGUAAUGGAACUUUUUCCAGCACAACCAGACUUAUCUCUCCAGAUCAGCCCACCUAACACCAAACCCACUUCAAAAACUUUAACAUCAACACAAAUUGAUCAUGAUCAAGAACAAGAUCAAGAUUUAGGGCAUUUCAGGAAGAGAGCUUAUUUAAACUCACAACAUGACCACCAUACAGCAACAACAAUACCUAAACCAUCUAUUGAACUCAACUCACCCCACCCAACACAUUCCACCAAUCCAAACCUAUCCCAUCUCCAUCACAUCCUCUCCCCACAAAACACCAAUCUCACCAACCAAAACCACACUCUAGGGUUCAGAUCAGAGCUAGGUUUCUUGAGACCCAUAAGAGGGGUUCCAGUUUAUUACCAUAAUACCAUUCCCCAUGAUCAACAACAGUCUUCUUUAGUACUAGAUUCUUCUUGUACUAUCUCUCCCACUAACAGUUCACCUUCUUCUCUAACUCAUGCCAAUAACAUUCCCCAAUCAAGAUUCUUGUCAGCGAGGUUUUCGGCUAAGCGAAACAUGAGAACUCCCAGGAUGCGGUGGACCACAACCCUUCAUGCUCGGUUUGUUCAUGCUGUUGAUCUCUUGGGUGGCCAUGAAAGAGCAACACCCAAGUCAGUUCUUGAGCUAAUGGAUGUGAAAGAUAUAACUUUAGCACAUGUUAAAUCUCACUUGCAGAUGUAUAGAACUAUUAAAACAACUGAUCAUAGAGCAGCAACUUCUUCAGAUGUUCAUGGAAAUGGAUCCUCGCGAAAUAUCUGUGAUGAUAUAUUGCUUGAUAUUCGAAAUUUAAAGAGGACGGGCUCAUCGACGGAUCAUGGAGGAAGUCCUAAGGGUCAUCUUGAAGGAGAUCAUCAGUAUGGACUUUGGAGUAACUCUUCAAGCAGGGAAGCUUGGUUGCAUGGCAAACAUAAAGAUUCUCAAGUAAAUAUACCAUCUCUAAAGGAGGAAACAAAUCCAAAGGGCAUGAACUAUGAGAGAUUACAAGACAUAAUCUCACCAAACCAUUUCCCUAUGAAUCUAGAGUUCACUUUGGGAAGGCCACAGUACUAGUACUGACAUGAUGCAUGUUGGCGUUUGAGAUGAUGAUGAUGAUGACUAUGAUUAUGAUGUUCUACAUAUAGAUUGUACUAUUCAUUUCAAUAUCAUUAUGUUUUUAAAUGGUUGCUAGUGAAAAAGAUUCAGGUCCCCACUAUGAUAUCAGAAAAAAGGAAAAGAAAAGUGAAAGAGAGAACUAAAGACAGAAGGCAACAAAAGGGAGGAGGUUUUGAAAAGCAUGUCCUUCCCAUCAAAUAUGUGAUCAUCAUUUAAAAUAUUACAUCUUUAUAAUUAUAUAUAUAUUCUUUAUGCAAGAAAGAUGAAGUCUCAGUUAAUUUUAACUGGUUUUUGCA